AUGUUUAACUCAGUUGACGAGGUUAAAGAUGCAUUCUUUAAAUAUGUCUUGAAGUAUAAGUUUGAAGUGAAGAUCAAUAGGAUGGAGCAGAAGAAAAUAUCUGCAAUUUGUGAUCAUCCAGAUUGUUCAUGGAGAAUAUAUGCUUCGGUUGAUGUGACGAAGGAUAAAUGGAUAAUCAAGACUUAUAACAACGAUCACAAUCAUAUACCAAAGCGUGAGUCUAAGAUGUUGAAGAUGAGAACAAUUGCCAAUAUGUUUCUGGAUCAAUUACGAUCAGACCCAACGUAUCCAGCAAAAGAAAUGCAAUAUGAAAUCAAGAGGUGUUUUAAUAUAGAAGUCUCGAAGGGUAUAUGCUAUAAGGCUCGGAGUGUAGGUUUGAGAAUUGUGAUGGAAGAUCAAAAAGUUCAGUUCGCCAAGUUGUGGGAUUAUGAGGCAGAGAUUAGAAGAUCUAAUCCCAACACAACAACGGAGAUUGGAACUGUGUCUGGGAUUCAGGGUCGACAAUUGUUUCACCGUUUUUAUGUGUGUUUUGAGGCACUCCGUGAGACAUUCAAAAAGUAUUGUCGGCCUGUGAUAGGAUUAGACGGAUGUUUUUUGAAAUGGUCUUUAAAAGAUCAACUACUCGCUGCAAUUGGAAGAGAUGGAAACAACCGAAUGUACCCAAUUGCAUGGGCAGUGGUACGUGUGGAGGAUAACGAUACAUGGUCUUGGUUUGUGAGGAAGCUGAAACAAGAUUUAUGCCUUGGGGAUGGAAGAACUUUAACUAUAAUAUCUGACAAACAAAAGGAAAGGACUCGGUUCUGUAUGUCUACACCUAGCGGAUAUGGUAGAUACGAGGUGAUGGACUUUGGAACAUUGCACUCAUUGGAUCUUGCUUCAAAAAGUCGAGGAGAACAUGUCGAAAGGCUUAGGGAGAAUCAAGUUCGACUGCACCAAUCCGGCAGACAUCAUCUGCUCAACCUAGACGCAGUGAAGGCUCGUGCUCCUCGAUACCAAGUCAGACAGGUCAAGCCGCGCAAUCUGCAUUUCCUAAGCCGCGGAACAGACGUCAUGAACUCCGAAUAA